AUGGCUUGCUUCAAUGCUUGUGGAGAUUAUGUUCCACCGUUUAUUGUCUAUCCGGGUCAGCGAUACCGUGAUACGGGAAUAGGCGAGUUCCCAGACGCCAUUUACGGCAUGUCAGAUAAUGGCUGGAUGGAUAGACAGCUGUCUUUAUCAUUUUUGCACCAUCUGGAUGACUUCAUUGGCCAAAAGCAGAUACCAAAUCCCGUGAUAUUGUUUGUAGAUGGGCAUUCCACACACAUGAACCUUGACGCGACGCAGUUCUGCUAUGAUAAUCAGAUCAUACUCUACUGCCUGCUUGAAAAUGCCACUCACGUCCUACAGCCCUGUGAUGUUGGCUUCUUUGGUCCAUUAACAUCGGCCUGA